CAACAACAACAACGUUAAUGAAGCAAUUAAAGAGAGAGAGAAGGGGAGAGAGAGAGAAAGACCAGACAAGCGAGAUAUUAAACGAGACUUCACGGGAGCUGGCAUUAUCACUUACCAAUCCAUGAUGGCUGAUCCGAUUACUGAGAGCGAACAGCAACAUCAGCCAUCAUCCCUGCCAUUAUAUCUGAACCUUUGUUGAAUUAAGGAACACUAGUAGUAUCUUGCCCCAUCUAUACUCUGUACUUGGUCCGUCACAGUUCCUUCUUUGUGCUGCUUUGCCGUCCUCAAAUUUGAUGUUGUAACUAUAUGUAGUAGUUCCAACAACUGUAAUCGUUAAACGAGUAUACCAGGACCAAACAAACCGCCAGUAAUACAAGAAAUUGAAACCCUUAAAACUAAAAUCCAAAAAUCUCAUUGAAGCAGAGAUAUCCGACAACUUGGCCAUGGCAUCUUUGGAUACUUUUAUGCGCAAUGUCGUAACCCAGGAUACAAGGAGUCGGACCCAGGUUCAUUCUGAACUUGUGUCCUAUCUAAGUGACCCCGGAGCAUCUUUAGAUUGCGAGGAUAUUGACCAAUUCAUCAAUGGCUUAGUUGCAUGGGUGAACAGCAGUAACUUCAAGAUUUCCUUGAAUGGUCUUGAAGUGCUGUGUUUGAUUUGGUUUGGUUUAUUUAGCUGUCUACAUAAUUUUGAAAUUAUCUUUUUCCUUCCAGUCCUUCCUGCUGUUGUGGACAGGUUAGGAGAUGCUAAAGACCAAGUUCGUGAUCAAGCUCAAAAAUUGCUGUUGAAACUGAUGAUGCCGGCAUCAUCCCCACAGUAUGUUUUUGAACGAAUUACAUCAUGUUUUACCCAUAAGCUCUGGCAUGUAAGGGAAGGCAUCCUUGUUUGCCUACAAAAUACAAUAAAUACGUAUGGUGCUCGCAGUUUACAAUUGAAUAAAGCAGUACCAUCCAUAAUCAAAUUGCUGGAAGAUCAAAAUGCUCAGGUUCGGGAAGCAGCUAUUAGUACUCUUGUUGAAAUUUACCGUCAUGUUGGUGAGCGUGUAAGGUAUGACUUGGCUAAGAAGGAGCUGCCACCUGGAAAGUUAAAUCAGCUUAAUCAAAAGUUUGAUGAGAUAAAAAAAUCUGGUAAUAUGCUUCCAACUGCAGAUGUCGCUCCUAUUCGAAAGGACUAUCAUAGCGAAGAUGAAACCGAUUUUAUCAAACCAAUGUCCAGAUUGCAUCCUAUCCGUCGUAGCUCAAGUGCAACUGCACGUAAAUCUUCCGGACUUGCCAGAGCAGUUACAACAGCAAGGCAAGAAAGCAGCGCUGGUGCAGUUGAUGAAGAUUUAUUUAUAAAUUCAUUUGAAGAUGUUACUAAAGUUCAGAUUUAUUCUUGUAAAGAUAUUCAAACCCACUUCUCUAAAAUUAAAGAUACUCUUGGUGACAGCAAUCACGAUUGGGAAAAAAGAGUUGAAUCUCUUCGUUUAGUGCGAGCAUUACUAAUAAGCGGAGCUGCAGAUUAUGAAGACUUUUAUUCUAUGUUACGUACUUUGGAACCAGCUUUUUGCCUUGCUAUCAAAGACCUUCGGUCUCAAGUUGUGAGAGAGGCCUGCAUCACAACAGCCUUUGUCUCCCAGCAGCUUGGAAAUAAAUGUGAUCAUUUUGCUGAAGCCCUAUUGCAAAAUCUUAUUGCUCUAGUAUCCAAUACUGCCAAAGUAAUGGCUACCUCUGGAGCUGUGUGUAUACGCUUUCUGAUCCAGUUCACUCAUUCUUCUAAAUUUAUUCCUAUAAUAACUGGCAACUUUUCAUCAAAAAAUUCCAUAAUUCGGAGGUUGGUGUGUGAAUGUUUGAAACAAAUACUCCUCAGUUGGCCAACCCAUAUUUUAGAGAAACACAUUGCAAUUUUGCAAGAUGCUAUAAAAAGAGGAAUCAGUGAUCCAGAUUCAGAAACUAGGGCACAUUCCAGAAAAGCUUAUUGGCAUUUCGCUACACAUUUCCGAGAUCAAGCUGACGCACUGCUGAAUUCAUUAGACGUUGGUAAACAAAAAGUCCUCCAAGGGGAGUUAAGUAAUUCUUCCAGUAAUAAUUCUCUAAAUAGUGCUGACUCUCUGAAGUUACCUGCAUCAAGGUCACGCUCUGCUAGCCAAGAUCGAAUAGGUUUUGAUUCACUUACGCGUGGUGGCACCCGCCGGUCUGUCACUAGCAAAGUUGCUCCAAGCCCACGACAAGCAACACACCAUAGAAAUAUUGGUAGCAGUGGUGUUUAUGGUACUAGAGCUAACAGCACGGGUGGGAUAGUGCGCUCUAGUAGUGAUCUAGAUCUGACUGGCUCCGCACGUAUUUAUCCUUCAUUUUCAAGGGCCACAGCACUUAGACUUACUCCAGACAAUACACGUUCACUGCCCCGUCACAAGACAUCCAGUAAUGCUAGCAGCUCCAUAUCAGGUCUGGUAUCUCCUGAGAGAGGGCGCACACGAUCAAGGAUAGGGGUGUCCCAGUCACAACCAAGUAGCCGAUCUGGCUCUCCAUCUUCUCGAGUAGGCUACAGUCACCAUGGCACUUCACACCACUCUACACACCACUCAAUAAGUACGCCAAAAGCAAGGCGUUCAGCUAUACCUAGAAGUCAAGGUACUAGUCGUGAAACCAGUCCUAAUCGGUCAACCUAUGGCCGUGAAAGACGAUUAAGUGGGAGUAGACUUUCGACACUACAAAAGCCCAAUGUGAUAACCCAAAGAGUGCUUAGACCCGGCUCUGAUUCAGAAGCUGCUAUAGCAGAUGCUUUGCAAUCAUCUCUACGCAAAAGGUAUGAGAGUUACGAUUCUGAUGAUGCUGGCAGUGAAACUUCAAGUCUUUGCUCAGAGCGUUCCUUCAGUUCUUAUGGCCGUACAUCAGAGAGAGGAGAUUCGCAAAGCAAAGAUUCUAGUGCAAAUGAGCAGGAUAUUUAUGAAAUCAUUCGAAGCUUAUCAAGCAGCUCUCAUACUGAACGCAAAGAAGGCCUUUAUGGAUUGAAGAAUGUGUUAUUGGGUGCACGUGUUCUUAAUCGAGUGGAAUUAAGGAAGGUGACAGAAAUAUUUACUCGCAUGUUCCAUGAUCCAAGCAACAAAGUUCUCAGUAUAUUUCUCGAUAUUCUUGUGCUGUUGAUUACUGUGCACACAACUGAAUUGAAUGACUGGCUCAACAUAUUGCUUACCAAACUUCUGAAUAAGACUGGUACUGAUGUACUUGGAUCAAUUCAAACUAAAAUACAAAAAGCAUUAGAAACUGUCAGGGAAUGUUUUCCUUGCAGCCUACAAUUUAGUAUAGCUACCAGGUUUUGUAUUGACCAAACACAAUCACCAAACCUUAAGGUGAAGGCAGCUGUUCUGCAAUACAUGCAUGCUCUGAUCCUACUUAUGGACCCCUCAGAUUUCAAUAAUUCUAGUGAUUCCCGUUUAGCUGUAUCUAGAAUUAUAACCUGGACUACAGAACCAAAGAGUGCAGAUGUACGAAAGGCUGCGCAAGCUGUACUGAUUGCACUCUUUAACUUAAAUACAGCUGAAUUUUCAAUGAUGUUAUCCAUUCUUCCCAAAGCAUUCCAGCAAAGUUUUUGGUCGCAUCCAAGACUUGUAGUUACUACUAUUGGCUCAUUUGGCCGCAUUUUGAAUAGAAGUCAUUCUAGCACCCAACACCUGGUAGUCACUGACUUUAUUUCCUAUUAUUUGCUGAAAUCUGUAUUAAUUGAUUUCUUUUUUGUCUUUUUAUUUUCCUGUAGAUCUGGUGAGCCAGAUGAGUAUGAAACGGAGAACAUGAAUCCUCAGGAUAUCUAUAACUCUAUAAAGAAGACUUCUGCCGAUAUACAAAACCUUAGCUAUAACAGUAAAUUAGACCAUUUUGACGACGUAAAGAAAAAGAAAGAAUUUACUUCUCAAGAUAGUGGUAUCCAAGACCUUCGAAAUGACAGUCCCGACGUUUCUGAUCCUCGUAAAACCUUUUAUAACCCUUCACACUACCAAGAUGAGCAUACUUUAAAUGGAUACAACAGAACAACACUUUCUGGUGCUAUGCUGGAUGUAGACAAUGAGCUAUUUAAUGAAGGAAAUAAUCAAGACCAAGAUGAACAAAUUCAAGAAAUUCUGACAGAACUUUCAAAUCAUAAUUCACGCAACGAUGAGCGAAAGAAUGCAAUGCAUUUAUUAAUGAAGCUAGCUAUAGACGGGAAAACAGAGUUAUGGGACAAGCAUUUCAAACCAGUUUUGUUAAUUCUUCUGGAAACCUUAGCUGAUGAUGAUUAUAAAAUUCGAGGCCUCACUUUGUGUGUAUUAAGAGACAUUUUGCACAACCAACCAACUCGAUUUAAAGAUUAUGCAGAGUUAACUAUUCUAAAAGUAUUAGAAUCUCAUAAAGAUCUUAUUCGGGAGGUGAGUUUAUUUUAUUGCCCUACUUUUGUUAUUUGCCUCAAUUUAUUUCAGGUUAUAGAACUCUUACCCAAAGAGGAAUUAGAAACCUCUCUCACAGAGAUAGUUCCUGGUUUGUUAAAAAGCUAUGAUGACUCUGAAAGUACAGUUCGCAAGGCUAGUGUGUUCUGCUUGGUAUCCAUUUAUAUGGCAGUUGGUGACAAUUUACGACCCUAUUUAAGUCAGUUAAAUUACAGUAAGAUGAAAUUAUUAAAACUCUACAUAAAACGGGCUCAAUCACAGAAAGAAGGCUCGAAAGGUUCCAAAUCUCCACUGGCCUCUGCUGAUACGUGAUGCUUGCUGGUUGUUUAUGUGGUUAUUGCAAUAAAAUUUGGGAAGUUUUCAACCAAAGCUUAUACAAGAUUAAAAACAACAACAACAACAACAACAAAAACAC